UUGCCUUGCCUGUCUGCAAGAGCCAGCGGUCUGUCGUUUGGAGUUUCAGCCACCUGUAACAGCUGAUGGUUUGGCUACGACAUUCACCCAGACACCACUGACAAGCAGGUCGGGAAAGAGAGAGAAAGGAGAGACUGCUUGGAAAACCACUCCUUAAAAACGUUGCAAGUGCAAGAACAGAGGCUACCGUCAUCUGCCUGACUGACCCAAAUGUGAGGCUCCACCCACAGCGGUUUUGAGUGUGCGUGAGGACCCGCCCAUCUGCAGCCAUGCCAGGCCUCAUCAACAAGGCCAAGCGCAGUGCCCUCCCGCUCAGUGCCUCUGACAUUACUUCCUGUGUCCGGGGCUACACACUGGCCAUGACCGCCUCGCUAACGUAUGAAAACAUAGAGGACCACCCCGUCGAAGGUAUCUUUAUUUACCCUCUGGAGGAGGGCUCUGUUGUGGUGGGCUUCGAGGCGAUGAUCUCCAGCCAGAUAAUCACCGUGCAGAUCAAAGACAAGGCGAAAAUUGAUGACUGCUACGUUGACAGUGACGCAGCGGCCAACGGAGACCAGCAGGGUGGCGGCGGUCUCGUGUUGCUUGACGAGGACUUGGAGUGCGUGGUCCUGGUGGUGAACCUGGGGCUCAUCCCCCCUCUGGAGACCGUGAACGUGUUGGUCAGCACCUCCUCCGAGCUGUCCACCCUCUCAAACGGUGGCAUCCGGGUCACCACGCCGCCCGUUUGCACACCCAGGGUCCAGUGCUCCGUCAAAGAGGAGCAGGCCUUCUCCCCUACAAGCAGGAGUAGAGACAGACACCAUUGUGCUCCAGGCUCACACGAGCAGACUCUCUCCACCAGCCAGCUGUGUCUGGCCAGGCUUCUGGAGGAGGAGUCCAUCAACUCCAUCGACUAUGAGUUCAACUUCCAGCUGGAGAUCAGAGGGCCGUAUCUACUGGCUGGUGUGGAGAGCCCCUCCCACGCCAUCCGGGCCGACGCGGACCCAUCAGCCUGCUCCGCCACCAGCAUCCUGGUCACCCUGGCAGACAAGUACACCUAUGACUGCCCUGUGGAAAUCCUUAUCUACCCCAGUGAGCUCCAUCUGCCCCACGUGCUGAUCGAGGACGGAGACAUGACGCGGGAAGAGUACGACGAACACCUGAUGGGGAGGAGCGACUACAUCAGGGCCACCAAAAAGGACUCCAGCAAUGAAAAGAAAGUGGACAUUAUCCACAAGAGGCUCCACAAGGACAUCCUCCACAACCCCGUGGUCAUGCUGAACUUCUGCCCCGACCUGCAGUCCAUGACCUCUGACCUGACGAAGGUCCAGGGAGAGUUCGUCUUCCUCAUCGACCGCAGCGGGAGCAUGAGCGGGGUCAACAUCAGUCGCGUUAAGGAUGCCAUGUUGGUGAUCCUGAAAAGCCUUUUCCCUGCCUGCAUGUUCAACAUCGUUGGCUUUGGCACGACUUUCAAACCGCUGUUCCCUACCAGUCAGAACUACAACGAGGAAAGUCUUGCAACCGCGUGCAACCAUGUGAAGACGAUCCGAGCAGACAUGGGUGGCACCAACAUCCUGGCCCCGCUGGACUGGGUGCUGAGGCAGCCUGGGCAGCGCGGCCACCCUCGCCAACUCUUCCUCCUCACUGACGGAGCGGUCAGCAACACGGGGAAGGUCAUCGCUCUGGUCCGCAGUCACGCCCCGUUCACCAGGUGCUACGUGUUCGGCAUGGGCCAGGCGUGCAGGCGUCUUGGCAGCAGCCUGGCCGCCGUUUCCAGGGGCUGUGCUGAGUUCCUGGCAGACGGAGAGAGAUUGCAGCCCAAGAUGAUUAAGUGCUUGAGGAAGUCCAUGGCCCCUGUUCUGAGUGACAUCUCCAUCGAAUGGUUUUAUCCUGAGACGAAAGAGGUGUUGCUGUCUCCAGUGGGAACAACGUAUCUGUUUCCUGGUGACCGGCUGAUGGGGUACAGUGUUGUCUGUGACACGACUCGCUACCAUCCCAAUCCUAAAUCCGACAAGCGGCGCCGUUACAGUAUGAUGCGCUCGAACGAGUCCUCCAGCUCUGUGUUCUACCACUCUCAGGAGGAGGAGCUUGGGAGGAGUGGCUGUGAAGGGCAGGCCCCGCCCAGGGACACGCCUGCUACCGCAGCGUUUGAUACUUACCCGAACGCCAUGUCUGAGGGCAGCCCUGCUGCAGUGGAGCACGACAGCAUUGGGGGAGAUAUGAGCACUUCUCCCAGACGACGUGCAUACAGCACCAAUCAGAUUGAAGACUAUAAUCCCCAGAGGAAGGUUUACACACCCAGUGACCCGAGCUCAGCGCUGGGGAAAAACCCCCUCAGAAGAGCCAAGGUGCAGGAACUCAUCACACACACAAACUCUGACCAUGGUGUCCAGUGGAAAGUGAACUACCAGCCCCAGCUGGCCAAUCUGUGUGCUGCGUCCUCCAGGGGGCGGGGUUUGAUAGGACCCAGGCCCCCACAGCAGGAUGGGUCCCACGGGGAGACCAAAUCGGAUCCAGCCCCACCUGUCGGCCCCGUCUAUGGCCCCAGCGCAGAGGACGGGUCCAGGUCAUCCACCGACAGCCAUUCCUUGGGCAGCAUGGGAGAAGCAGAAGGCUACGGCCACCAGCUCUGUGAGGCGGAGGCACCACAGGAGUCGCGAGAGCUGGGCGGCAGGGCGACCAGUUGUGAGGAGAGGGCCUGCAAGGUGGUGGUGACAGGCCUGCUAGGCGGCAAGCCUGUGAAGUGGGAGGUGACCUUUGACAUCGAGCCCUACCAGAAGGGCCGUGAGCGGGAGGAGAAGGUCCACGAGGACCUGUGGAAUGAGACCUUCCAUCACCUGGCCGCGAGGUCGAUCAUUCGUGACUUUGAGCAGAUGGCUGGCAAGGAGUGUGAGAUUGAGCAUGGUUCUGGCAGGCGGUAUCAGCUGUAUGCCAUUCAAACCAGCAAAGCCUGCAACAUUCUGAGCAAAUACACAGCCUUUGUGCCCAUUGAUCUGGACAGCAACGAAUAUUUACCCACCUCCAUCGAGUAUCUCCACACUGGGGAAGAGCUGAAGAGAGGCUCUCAUUCGAGUUCACGCUCAGGAAGCAGGAAGACCCGCGGCUAUUCCGUGGGUCUGGGCCGCUCGCAGUCUGGCUGCAUGGCCGAGGGAGAUGUGGAAACACACCCACCUCGGAAGACCACGCAGUGUUACGAUGAAGACGACACUUCCCACUGCAACACAGAUGCUUCUCCAGCUGCAUGGGAAAGAUUCAGCUUCCCAGAAGUGUCUCAGAGGAGUCCAUCGGCGACCUCAGACCAAUCACAGAGAUCAGUGGAAGGCCUCUUCUCUGCCAGGUUGAGCCUCACCAGGACGCGUCUGCUUACCAAGGCCGCGCGAGGUUUCAUGUGCCGUACUCCCGGCAGAAGUGGGGACUCCCUGGGAGACGGCGAUAAUGACAGCAGGGACUACAUCCCUCUGGUGUCCCUCCAGCUGUCCUGCGGCGCGUUCACGCUGGACGCCGCUUUGUGCGAGGCAAUAAACGUCCCCAUGGACAAGCUGAAAUGGACGUCCCCUUUCUCCAGUCACAGAGUGAGCCUCACCCACAUCUCCCACACCAGCAGCAGGAGGAGCGAUAGCCUGGAGGUGCACCACAGCACUUCUCCUCCGCCCAGAGACCCCGACCUCAGCUUCGAGUCGGAGGAGGCGUGGCCCUGCAGCCCGAGCUCCACCCACCCGUCCCAAAGCCCCCGAACCGAGAGCACCUCUUCUCUUUCGGGGGCCCUCGCCUCCGCAUCGUGCGAGGUGCCUGUCUCGCUCGGCAGCGGCCCGUACGACAGCGGUCGGGGCUCCGAGUUGGACACGCCCCCAUCGGCCUCGCCUGGGGGUGCGCAGAGGGCUGUCCAGGAGCCCGAGGGCAUGGUGUGGGCUACAGCCGUGGCCCUGGCCUGGCUGGAGAACAACUCAGCCAGCUACUUCAUCGAGUGGGAGCUGAUAGCGGCCAAGGCGAGCCUGUGGCUCGACCGGCAGGUGAUCCCAGAGGGCCGAGACCUGGCGGCAGUAAAGGCAGCAGCAAACCAGCUCUUCAUUAUCCUCAGACACUGGGAUGAGAACCUGCAACUCAAUAUGUUGUGUUACAAUCCCAGUAGUGUCUGACUAUGAAGGCCCCACGCGCAACAGGCCGGUACGCCAUGCUGAUGGAUGACAUCCUUCUGCCGCAAUUUUCAUGUACUUGGGUCGAUAUGCUGCGCAGCUGCAGAGCGUAAAAAUAUCACAUAUUUGAUUUUCACGUGCAUUAAGGCUCCCCCAUGCAAACCUUUUGUUCGCCUUUCGUCUCUGAAAGGCUGAAUGGAGUUGAUAAAAACUUCGACGAAUUCUACAGCUGCUCAGAUCAUAGUGUUAUUGCAUUUCUCACUUUUCUUUUGGCUUCUUUGUUUAUGGUUCCAUAAACCACAAAUAUUUAUUUUCCUAUCAGUAGCUCAUUAUUUCCAAAAGGCUUACGAAGCUGUGCUGUCUUCUUUGAAUGGCUCUGCAGUCUCAUUGAGCUCUGUCACCAGACACUGAUUGCACUUCAGGUUUAACCUGAUGCCCUGCAACACAAAAAUCAGGUGACAAUUUGACAGUAAAUUAUUCAUAGCGAAGGUUAUAUGCAAACAAGUCGAUGACACCUUCUCCGACGUGGAAAAAACAAAAACAAAAACCAAAAAAAGGCGAUUUCCUAUUUAUGACGGCACAGCUGGGGUCAUAGAUGCUGAAGCAUGUUUACAUGUGUUAAUGUGCUCUUGUGUUGCGGGCAGAAGUGAGCUGGAACAAUUGUCAAAACGUCCGUGUUUGUCUCCAAGGUGAUUAUUUUGUGAACUGCGUGGCUGCUGUGGUGAGAGAGGCGAAUUUCAUCCGCUGAAGUAAGCCUCUACAUGUCUCUGUUUGUCAAUAGUGGUCCACUUUAUGUGGAUCCAUUGUAUUGUAUUUCUUGAUCUUCUUAGUGCUGGAAGAUCAAACGACUGGACUGAUAUGGUCACUGUCCUAAGAAGAAGCGCCAAAUUUACUUUGCAUUCUUCAUUUGCUUGUCUGUGUGAAAUUUAACAAGAUGUCAGAUUAUUGCUGAGAUGACACUUUCUUUUGGUCAAAGUGCUCUCUUGUCUUAAGUGCCUGACCCAGUUGAACGUCACUGAACCGUUACGGUUUUAACGCCACGUAAGGUUUAGUUCUUUUAUUUGUUGUUGCUUUUUUGGCAGUGUGUUUGAUAUCGGUGAAUCUGUUGUUCUGGAACUUUCUCGUAGUUCUAUUCAUUCUCAAAUCUAAGCAAAGGUUGGCAAGUCCUAAAAAAAUCAAGCUAAAAAAUGGAACUAGGUUGUUGUUUUUUUUGGUUUGUUUGUUUGUUUCUCCGCUAAGCUGUCGAUCUGCAUAAAUUACUUUUUGAACAACUGUGGUUUCUUUUUCUGUAUGAGAUUGUAACCGUAUCUAUCACUCAGGUACUGCUGCUGUGUAGCUUGGAUUUAUCGCUGGGUCUGCUUGCAAGGAGCAGGGCUGCAGGAGCUAUUCCUGCUGCGUGCCCAACCCCGCGUGCUCUGCCCGCGAGGACCAGAGUGCCUGGCUCGCGAGACUACCGCCGACGUGUAAAAUACAUGCUUGUAAGUGUAGAUGUCGACUCUUCGUGUGGAAAGUGGAAUCCAUUUUGAGGUCAGUUGUCUUUCUAAAGUGGCCGUUGAACACCCAUCGGCUCUCUGUAGCGCUGCUAGUGCAAUGAUGGAGUGUGUAACUGCAUGUAAUAAAGUCUUGCUGCUGACUA